UAUUUUCGAUUAUUUCCCUUGUUAUUUACUUAUUUAAUGAUUCGAUGAAGAAUGAUGAAAAUGUCGUGGACACUUAUGACAUACAUAACAAUUCAUGUAUUAUUGGUAUCAGGCUUUGACAAUUACCAAGAUAUUCUUAUACAUGUUAACCAGUUACCGGAGAUCGUGAAUCACUUCAGAACAUCACCAAAUACAAUAGGCAAUGCCGUAAAAGUAUUGGAUCAAUCAUUUGAUUUUUCUACUGCCAUAGAAACUAUUGGAAGAUCUAAAUUGGUUGAAAGUAAUGUGACGAUAUCCCCACCCGUCGUUCCUGUGUUGUCCAAGUUAUGCAUGAAUGAGACAGAGGCGGUAUUUAAAGCUCUACUUGAAGGGCAGAAUUGGGCAGAAAGAAUGAUAGAUGCAGCAGCCAAACCUCCUGCUGAUUUUCUUGAUGGUGAUAUCACAUGGCUAGGUGAUUAUGAAGAAUGUCUUGCUAUACAUAGUAAUCUGACAAAAGAUACAGUAAUUGCACCUUUUGAUGGGGAAUAUUGUUUGGUUGGAAUACCAAUUCCUGCCAAAGUCAUUCCUAAUCCACUAGCUGCUGUUAGUCAGUACAUGUUAAGGUUAGGUGUGUGUGUUCCUGAUGGAUGUUCUGAGAAUGACACGCUAAUAUUGUUGAACACAGUGCUGUCAAAAAUUCCCAAUAAUACUAUGCUGGCUGCAACAGUGCAGUGCCAGGAUCCAGACAGAGAGUUCGAUACCAGAGCGACUGUUGUGAUAGUGAUAGUGUCACUGUUUAUGACAGUUAUGGUCAUUGGUACUGUCUAUGAUGUUCUCUACUUACAAUGGCCAAAGUCAAAGGCUCAGACAAUGGCUGGCUUACUAAAUGGGGAAGUUACAGAAAUCUAUCAUCAUAAAAUAACAGCAGAAGAAGACACACCAUUGAUUGGAGAUAAAAGCACACAGGAAUACAAACCUGGAACAUUUGGAAAAAUCCUUCUAUCCUUUUCUGUAUACACAAAUGGUGCUAAGAUUUUGAGUACCAACCAAUCAGCUGGCAGUUUAACCUCAGUGAAUGGAAUACGCUUUAUAAGCAUGUCAUGGGUGAUAUUAGGACAUACAUAUGCAUUUUUAUCUCCCCUUGCAGAUAACCAGCUUCCAUUUACUAUACUGAUGUUCAAGAGAUGGACUUUUGGAGCAGUACUGAAUGCUUUAGUGUCUGUUGAUACAUUUUUCACUCUCAGUGGGCUCUUGUUAACUUACCUGAUAAUGAAGGAGAUGAAGAAAAAAGAUGGCAAGAUAAAUUGGCUUAUGUUUUAUUUCCAUAGAUUCUGGAGAUUAACUCCACCAUAUAUGUUAGUGUUGAUGGUAUAUGUGUCAUUAUUUCCUUACAUUGGAAGUGGUCCUCUGUGGAAAAAAGAUGGAAUGGAAGUUAACUAUUGUAAAGAUGCUUGGUACUACAAUUUCCUUUAUGUAAACAACUUUGUCAGUCUAAAAGAUGCAGGUUCACAGUGUAUGGCAUGGACAUGGUACCUAGCCAACGAUAUGCAGUUUUUUGUUAUCAGUCCACUAAUAAUAAUUCCACUUUUCUUCUCCAAGGCAAUAGGUGGUAUCGUGAUGUUUGUGUUUUUGUUGGGAUCAUGGAUUGCAACUGGAGUAAUAUCAAAAACAUACAGCAUGAAACCAUCCCUUGUAGCAGGUGGUGACUUCUUUUCCUACUUUGAUUAUUACUACAUCAAACCAUACUGCCGUAUAGGACCCUAUUUAGUGGGAAUGUAUACAGGUUAUGUGCUAUACAGAACCAACUGUAAAUGUCGGAUUAACAGGUAUAUCAACCUGUUUUUAUGGAUAGUGGCUGCAGGACUAGCUAUCAUUAUUCUGUAUGGAUUGUAUGAUGAGAUAAAUGGUCAUCCAAUGUCUGUAGAUGUUGCAGCAUUAUAUAACACAGUUCACAGAACAUUAUGGGGAGCUUGUGUGUGCUGGGUUAUAUUUGCCUGUGCCACUGGAAAUGGAGGUUAUGUGAACACUAUUUUAUCGUGGAAAGCCUUCGUUCCUCUGAGUAGACUGACAUACUGUGCAUAUCUGAUACAUCCCAUUAUUAUGUAUUAUUUUAGCAAUGUACAAAAGAGACUUCUACAUUUCUCUGAUCUGACAGUGAUGUAUCUAUUUUUACCAAACAUGUGUCUGUCCUAUGCUGCAGCAUUCAUAGCGUCAUUAGCUUUUGAAUCACCUAUGAUGGGACUUGAAAAAGUCAUCUUCAGACGUGGAGAGAAGAAAGAUUAACAUCUAAAGUGACAUAGGAAUUCAAAUUUUGGAGAUUUUAUUUUGUAAUCUGUACAAGUAAUUUUUAAAACUUUUUAUUCAUGAUAUUUUUAUACACCCGUUUACUGUAAAGAGCGGUCACAUAAUGUUCAUUUCACAUGGUAACACUUCAUGUGUUCAUUUUGGUUCAUGUGUUUUUAUGCUGUUCCAUUAAGUAAUUACAUUAAAGAAAAAAAACAUAAAACUGUUGAAACACUUGAAAUCCAAGAUAUGAGUACAAGUAAUUUGAGUUAUCUCUCUUGCCUUAAAAAAAAUCUGAUGCAUUUUUAAAGGAAUGCAUUAUUUAAACCCUAGGACACAGAUGACUUAGAUAAAAACAUGAUGACCUAUUUAUUUGCUUCUGUGAAACAACAACAUUGUAAAUAUCCAAACUGUUUUGAAAAUAUCAAAAAAUGUCUUACAAAUUUUGAUCAGAGAAAUGAAGUAACUUCCCAGUUAUUAAAAACAGAAAGGAAUUAUUUUAGGAAGAACAUUCACUAAAAAUUACCAAAAAAAUUAAGACUUUGAUGUAAAGUGGGGUCAACCAAUUAUAUCUUAUUCUAGAAUUAUAGACUAACAAGAGCCUGAAUGUAACAUGCUUAGAGGUAAUUUUUUGGAAAACAAAUUUCAAAUGAUGUCAUGACCACAUUGACCACUCCUCGUCAAAUCUUAUUAAAAAUUUAAUGUAACAAAGAGGGAUACCUGUAUCAAAAUUUCAGAAGCACUUAGAAACACAUAUUUAUAUCUGCUGUCUCACUAUAAAAAAUAGUGAAUGUUCUUAUUUAAUUGUAUAGGGUUGAUUGCUUUAUUUUUAGAUGUGAAUUUUAUUUAUCAAUAUUUAACAAAAUGUUUAACUUUUUUUUAUCUUGUAGAUUUUUAAAUUUUAAACAUGAUAAUGUUGUGAUAUAUAGUGUAUUAACUAUGUUAUUAUGAUAUAAAUAGUUAAUAAUAUAUUGUAAAUUCAGGUAUUGUCAUAAUCAGAAAUACCACCAAUCUUUACAUACCGGUAAAUGAUCUGUGAUACAUGUGUUAAUAUAUUUGCUUUACAUUAAUUUAUGUCCCUACAGGCAUAUAUAAGUCUUUGAAAAUGAAUAAUGAUUUAUUGAAAAUGACCCUUUAACCCUAUACUUAUAAACAUGAGGUUGUUGAUUAUUAUGGAUGGACAGACGGACAGACACCUCAGGAAAAUGCAUGAUUUGUGUAUUUUAUAAGGUUGUUUAUUACUUUUUUUUUCAAAUUCAGAGUUAAUAUUUUAUGUACAUUCUAAACACUUGUUAUUAUUUCUUUUGAAACUAUUUUAGGAUGUUUGCUUGUUAUGUUUUGGAAUUUUUGUCAGAUUUUCAAAUCCUCUGGUUUUAUUUAUUUGAAUGCCUUAAAAAUUUUGCCCAUUGACCCCCACUUUUCUUUUUAAAAAUCUCUAACAUGUGUAUUUCUUAUCCAUUGUAAAAGACUUAUAAAAUCUUAUUUAUUUUUAAAUAGGUUUUGAGAAAUUAAACUUGACAAUGACAAAGCUAUGAAAAAAAAGAGAAGAUUUUCACGCCGAAAUUUCAAUGGCUUAUAUCUCAAAAACAAGCACAUUGACCUCUAUAUUUUUUUUGACUUUUUUGAUUUCUUAAUUAAUCCCCUAUCAAUAUAUACUAGUGUUGUAGAAAGCUAAUUAUUCUGAAACUGAGCAAACUUCCUUAAACAGCUUCCCAUUAUGCUAUAUUAUUGGCAUAGAAUAAGUAUAUCAAUUAUUGUUUUUAGAAAAUGGAAAAUAUAACAGCUUGAUUUUAUACUGUAUGUAUUCUAAAAACUAUAUUUUACAAUGAAAACCAUUGUUGUUGUAAAAGAUUUUAUUUUGAUAGUGGUUAAAUUUAUGUAUUUGUGAAUUAAAUGUCUUUAGCAAUGGUAAAAAUAUGUAGAAAACAUAUUGUCCAAAAUUGCAAUCUGAAAGAAGAAGUUGGGAAAGUGGCCAGUAUAAGAUAUAGAAAUUUUCAAAUAUAAUCUUAGUGAGUUUGAAAUAUACACAUGAGAUAGCGUUAUAGAAAAAGCAUAUGUAACCUAUAUUAUAUUUUUGACUUAUUUGUAUGUUUCUUUGUCUUUAUAAUUAUAAUGUAACAUUUGUUUGAAUAUUUUUUAAAAGGAAACAAACAUUUGACUGAAAAGAGUGAUUAUUUUUUUCAUCAUAAAGUUCUAUUGCUCAUUUUAUUAUAAAAAAUGAUAUUUUAUUUAUUUGAAAAUGAAAGACACAAAAGGGAACCCAACCCCUGCGCAUAUUCUCUAUUUUUCUCAUUUCUUAUUUUUGGGGUCAAACUGCCUCUUAAGGAGGCUCGCGGGUAUAAAAUUUUCAGGAAAAAAUCAAACGUUUAUAUUUCAUUUCAAAUUUUAUUAAUUACCUUAAGAAGUUGUUACUUUAUCAUAUGGUACAAAAAUUAUUCCAAAAAAUCAAUAUGUGUUGGCCCCAGGUGACUUUUUAAAUGUAUAUAUCAUUGAAAAAGCUCCAAAUUAUCUCCCUUGGGUGCAAAAAUGCCAUAUUUUGGCAUUAAAAUUAAUAUCUUUUUUAACUCAUCGGUGACCUAUAUUUUUUAUUGUUAUUUUCGAAAAAGCUGUACAUAAACUAAAUAAUUGUAAAAUUUUAGCCAUUUCUGUAAUUUAGUUCUUUUUUAAUUUCUAUAUUACCGCUUUUUCUCCUAUUAGUUCAACAGAAAAAAAGGACAAUAGCAAAAAUGUAUGCUUUUUUCGAAGGCAGAUUCUGAGCGUAAAUGAACGGUGACCCCAUCUUUUUAUUUCAUUUUUCUAUUAGGUAUAAGAUAAAGUUAAUUUAUAGAAAACUAUAGCGAAAUCUUAUAUUAAAUAAAAAAAAAAUAUUUAGACCCGCGAGCCCCCUUAAACAUCAUGAACAUCACAAUGAAAAGCCCUAAUAUGACGAGACAUGCAUUCAUUUUCGAAAUCAGUAUUAAACAGUUCACCUCAAAAAUAAUAGUGAUGCAUGUGAGAUCAUUAGAUGAUUCAAAAAUGAGAUUUGCAUGUUAUAGUCUGUCCCUCCAUGUUAAGGGUAACUUAAUGUAUAUAUUUAAGUUAUGCAGGAAAAGUUUUCUUCUGUAAAUGUCAAAUUUUAAGAUUUAAUAUUUGUAUUACACUUCUCAUUCAUACAUACCCAACAUUCCUUUUUUUAAAUCCACUAAUUAAAACCGACCGCAACAAAAUAGCCUAAAUGCAGUGCUUAAAAGUGUCAGUAAAACAUAAAAAAUCAAAAAAAUCUCCUUUUAUUUGUAUUGAUUAUCAAAUUUUUAUCAAUUUAGUCAUAAAAGAAAAUUUCUUCCAUUCUUUUAAAAGUUCAAUGAGUAUACAACAUGCAUAUAUAGGUAUAUGUGUAUUGUUUUAAAAGGGUGUUUAUUUUAUGAUAUCCUUUUAAAAGAUACCAUAUAAUCCAGAUUCUUUAUGUAAAAUAUUUUAUUUGUUUAACAUUUGGUGGUGAAAGUCAUCUGAGUUUUUACCCUCCAAACUUGAGUGAUUUAUCAACUGUGUUUUUUCUGUAUUUGAUUCAAGUAGAAAGUUGAACCUGCUCACAAGUUUAUGUUGUUUGAAAAAUCACUUAAGUUUAUACAUCCCACUUUUUUUUUAUCUCUUUAGAUCUGGUUUAUCUUUGUACAGCUGAUUUUUUGUAAAAUGAAAUAAAGGUCAACACGAGACUUCUAUUUAUAGAAGAUGUUUUAUUGUCAUGAAGCCAUUAAAGAUCUGUCACAUGUUCUUCAUUCAGAAUUUUGAGUACAAGAUGUGAAAAACAUGCUUUAAUAAUUACAUUGGAUUUCAUGUUAUUUGAUUGGCUAACAGCAAUCUCACUUCAUUCUUUAUUUCUAAAUGAAUUGUAACAUACAUGAUGACACAUUUUUCCACAAUAUAAAGUUCACAGUUAAAUAAAAGAAAAACUUGAUAGAAAUCCUGCUUUCAUGUUUAUAGUGAAAAAAUGCAAUUAAAAAAUGUGAUUUCAUAGGGUUGGAAAAACAUUGACUGUGCAUACAUUUUUAGAAUAAAGCACUUCUGUGCUUCAUACAAAAUAUACUUCCGUCAACUCUUUUACACCCUUAUGGAUUUACAAAAAGAAGCAUUCAAUUCUUAAAUAUUGUAUUCUGCUGUAAUUUUCAGAACUUUUGGAUUAUAGCUCUACAUCUUUUAUUUAAGCUAUUUUGGUCAUGAGCAUCACUGAAGAGACAUGUAUUGUCGAAAUGCGUAUCUGGUGCAGAAAAAUUGGUACCGUUAAUGUCAUUAUACCAAUUUUAAAGAAACCUUCUGUGUUGUUAGUGUUUUAAUCAUGAUUUUUCCAUUGAUGACCAACCUGUAGAAAUUUUGUACUGUUAUAAUUGGAAUAAAACAUAAUAAAAAGUCUUAGUCAUUCUAA